AUGGCUCAGGGUGAAGCUCAGGGCUUGAGGAAGAACAAAAGUGACGUGAAUGACCUCACAAAACACUGUCAGGUGGCGCCCCAGCCCGUGCGAAGAAAUUCAAAAUACUGGUUGGUUCUUUUAAGGAUGAUGAAAAAUUUAAAAUUGUCAAUUAAUGAAAAAAAAAAAUCAUUGAGAUCUUGAAAGACUUUCGAAGAAGAUUCGGAUCAUCUAUUCAUAUGACUAAAUUUUUGGAUGUAUACUAAAAAAGCCGCAAUAAAGUCCCAAGCUCCUAACUCGGGCGCUCGUUGGAAAUUGGAAAAAAAUUUUUUUGAAUAGUUUUCAACAAUUUUUCAUGGCAAUAGUCAUUCUUAUCAAAAAGAUAACGACGUUUUUUUCUAAAAAUUAUUCACAUCGAGAAAAAAAUGAUUAAAAAAAAUAAAAAAAUUUCCUUGAAUUGACUAGUUUAGGUGCUUAGGAGUCAUUGCGGCUAGUUUUUGGACUAGUUUAAUUCAUCUCUACUUGACAAAGUUUUUUUCGUAAGGAAGAAAAAAAUUUUUGGACGGAAAAAUCGACUUCUACAUGUUGACCGAAAUUGAAAAAAAUAAUAAUAUACAGAGAAUUUGAAUUCAAAAAAAUGAUUCGAACCCUCGUCUCAAGUUCCUUAACUUUAUUUUUUUCAGCUACUUGACCAACCAGCCCUUUGAUGAUCUUUGCAUGAGCUUGGGAAACGUAUCAGGUUGUGUACAAAUAAUUAUUUUUUUCUUUUUUUCAAAUUUAAAUAGUAGAAGGAAACAACUGAUGUAAUUACCAUCUACCUGAAAGCGUAAAACAAGGAACCCAUUUUUUAUUAAAUUUGAAGCUCUAAAAAUGGUUCUUCAAAAACAUUUGCGAAAAGCUAGAUUCAACCUAGGAUCCUCCACAUAACUAUAUGGCCACUCGUAAAGUUUCAAGUUUUUUUCUUCUGAAAAGGUGAAUUUGAACAUGAUUCGAAAAAACUUGCAAGAAAUCCACGAAAUUAAAAGUUGCAAUAAGGAAGGAAAUUUUUUUCAAAAGAUGACUCUAUAGUUAUGUGAUAUUACAAUCUCAAACUCUGAGAACUAAAAAAAAGCGUGUUGACCAUAAUUUUAAUGCCUGAAAUAUGGUGAAUUUUUGGUGAAUUCUUGUAACUAAUUUAAAUCUAAUUUAACAACUAUAGAUGCACCUCUCAAAAAAAAAAAUCAAUAAAUUACCGAAUGAACUAAACUCCUCCCCAUGUUUACAAAGCAAAUUGAAAAAAUUAAAACUAAAAGUUGAGUACCAAAAGUUUUGAAAAGUGAAUAGACUUUCUGUAGCCUCUUUUUGAAUACCACUCACUGGGAUGUAGCUAUAAAAUUUGAUCUAGACUUAAUUUUUUAGCUUCUUUGUGAGCUGCUUGCGAAUGCUUGUGGAGGAACGCAUAAGUUUCUGAUUAAAACUGAAAAAAAAAGAACGACUUCAUGUUGAAAAUCCAGAUCUGAAGCUGUUUGAGAGCUGCUAGAGGUAAGAAAAGGUGAGUUUUUGAAAUCAAAAAGCAAAUAUUACAAGGUCCCCGUCGAAGACUUAAGAAAAAAAAAUUGUAUGUUUUUUGACAGUUAACAAACAGCUUCAACCGUCCGCUCAGCCUCUUUUUCAUCAAAGUUACGUCCUAAAAAAUAAAGACCAAUACCUAGAGAAAAAAGAAACAGAUUUAUUCGCACACAACCCAAUACUAGACGCCACCAUCGACACGACGAGCUUGGAAGGAGGGAAAAGCCUCGCCCCACAGGACCCCCACCUGGCAGAGAAAAAAGCGCAUGUGUGCUCGGCUGCAACCGACGAGAGAGCACAUGUGGAGACGCCAGACUACAGCUCUCCACUUUUUGGGCGCUCUCUAAGGUCAGAAGAAGCCGAGGAAAACAGUCGUCUUUUUCUCUGCGCCGCCACCGACCAAAGGCCCGAACCGCAACAUUCACACGAGAGGACAACACAAGCACAAUGA